AUGACUAGUAAUGGAAAUUUAAAAAGAAGUCGUGAAAUGUCUACGUCAAAUAGUACGAAUGAAUUCGAUAACAUUUCUGAGGAUGAUGAAUCGAAUCCUGAUACAGAUUAUAAUAUUUCUGGAAUCGAAUCCGAUGAUACAUCCACUGAUGAAUUUAUUUCUCAGAACGAAGAUUCAUCUGAUUCUUAUGCUAGUGAUGAUGAUUUAUCUGAUUCUCAUGUCAAUGAUCAUAAUGAUAUGUUCAAACAUGCUCAACCUGAUUUUAUUGAAAAAAAUGGUGUUUCAUGGUCGAGUCAAAAGACUCAAGCUGCUGGUCGCCUACGUACAAUGAAUAUACUUAACAGAAAACCUGGUUCUAUUACUUCAAUUCAGACUAUUGUAGAUGCAUUUAGAUUGUUUAUUACUGAAGAUAUUCUGAAUGAAAUUGUUAUGCAAACAAAUAAAUAUGCAAAAAGAUUUAUUGAUCAAGAAAAUCAAAGACGAUUGAAUAAUAGAAAUAAUCAUAAACAACCGGUAAAAUGGAAACAGCUUGAUUACAUCGAAUUAGAAGCAUUUCUCGGCUUAUUGAUUCAAGCUGGAGCUGAAUUUAGUCAUCAUCAGUCACUUGUAGAACUAUGGGAUAUUAGUAGAAGUCGACCAAUAUACCAUGCAACAAUGUCAUUGGAACGAUUCAAAAAUCUUUUACGAUUUCUUAGAUUUGAUGAUCGUCAACGACGUGAUAAAUCUGAUCGACUUGCUCCUAUUCGAUAUGUGUUUCAAUCAUUUACUAAACAACUUCCUCAACAUUUUAUUCCAAGUGAAAAUAUCACGGUCGAUGAACAAUUAGUACCAUUUCGAGGUAGAUGUUGUUUUGUACAGUAUAUGCCAAAGAAACCUGCUAAAUAUGGCCUUAAAUUCUGGACAUUAUGUGAUGUCAAAAUUAGAUAUGUUUUAGCAUUAGAAUUAUGCACAGGAAAAGUUGGCAAUACUGUUCAACGUAAUAUUUCGACAAAUAUUGUUUUACAUUUAGUAGAUCAAUUGCCGAAGAAUGUCCAACAAGGUCGAAAUAUUACCUUCGAUCGAUAUUUUUCUGAUUUCAACUUAGUACAGAAUCUAUUAGAACGCAAAAUGACAUCACUUGGUGUUGUUAAUCAUAAACGUAGUUUUGUACCGAAUGAAUUGAAACUCAUUCGACAGGAUUUAUACUCAUCAUGGUUUUACUUUUCCGGUCAAAGUACAAUUUUAUCUUACCAAGCAAAAGAAAAAAAACCACCAGUCAUAUUAUUAUCAACAUUACAUGAUUUUGCUGAAGUUUUUGACAAUGAAAAGAAACUUCCAACAAUGAUUCACGAUUAUAAUCAAACAAAAUUUGGUGUCGAUGUGAUCGAUCAAUGUAUUAAUAAUUAUACUUGUCGUCGAAUAACUUGCAGGUGGCCAAUGAUAGUGUUUUUUAAUAUGAUUGAUAUAGCAGCAAUGAAUUCAUUGAAUAUUUGGCUUGAUCAAAAUCCGGAUUGGAAUAUUGGGAAAACAUAUAUUCGACGUCUUUUCUUAGAAGAAUUAUGCAAAUCAUUAACUGAUUCUCAUAAUCAACGACGUGUCAAACAAUCUCGACCUCGACCGAAAGUUAAACUUGCACUUCAAUCUCUCGGAUAUGAAUUCAAACCCCAAAAUUUAAUCGUUCAAGAUAAUCUUGAUCAUUUUAUUACAAUAAAAAAAAGGUGCUUUCUUUGCCCAUCUCAUCCUGGUCGUAAAGUCAGACAAAUUUGCGACGCAUGUCAAAGGAAUGUUUGCAAUUCACAUUCUUUUAGUAUCAAAUCAGUCAUUUGUCAGUCAUGCAAGAAAAAUACAUCGUCAAAAUGGAAUCUCAUAAACGAACAAAUUGAAGAAAUCUACAAACAAGAACUAAAAUAG